AUGAUGAAAAACGAUCAUUUUCGUCAAAAAUUCCACCUUUCUAGUUCCUUUUUAAGUUCCUCUGCGUCUCCUUAAUCUCUCUUCCUAACUUCUCUUUCACCUUUACUCUCUCUAUCUCUCUUUCUAUAUAUAUAUUCCCUGAACUUAUCUCUUGAAAACAUUCAAGAUCAAAUCUCUCUCGAUCUAUUCAAAGAAAAACUAUUUAAGAAAUAUAUGUUUUGGAUCAAAUAAGGGUUUGAUCUUGUUCCGGAAUCAGGUUUUUGCUUUUCUUUUAGGGUUUAAGGUUUUUUUAAAGAAGAUGGAAACUUUCGGUGUGUUUCACAAGGAAGAUGAUGAGCAGAUGGAUUUGCCUCCUGGUUUUAGGUUUCAUCCAACAGACGAAGAACUCAUAACCCACUAUCUUCACAAGAAGGUUCUCGACAUCAGUUUCGCGGCUAAAGCUAUUGGUGAGGUUGAUUUGAACAAAGCUGAGCCAUGGGAGUUGCCAUAUAAAGCAAAAAUGGGUGAGAAAGAAUGGUACUUUUUCUGUGUGAGGGAUCGAAAGUAUCCAACCGGUCUGAGGACUAACCGAGCAACUCAAGCCGGUUAUUGGAAGGCGACAGGGAAGGAUAAGGAAAUCUUCCGAGGUAAAUCGCUUGUGGGUAUGAAGAAAACACUUGUUUUCUACAGAGGAAGAGCUCCUAAAGGCCAGAAAACAAAUUGGGUGAUGCAUGAGUAUAGGCUAGAUGGGAAACUCUCAGCUCACAACUUGCCUAAAACCGCUAAGAAUGAAUGGGUGAUAUGCAGGGUAUUUCAUAAAACUGCUGGUGGUAAGAAGAUCCCGAUUUCGACCUUAAUCCGAAUCGGUUCUUACGGAACCGGGUCCAGUUUACCACCUUUAACCGAUUCUUCACCAUACAAUGACAAAACCAAGACUGAACCAGUUUACGUGCCCUGCUUCUCCAACCACGCUGAAACUAGAGGAACAAUACUCAAUUGCUUUAGCAACCCUUCCCUUAGCUCGGUCCAACCAGAUUUUCUCCAGAUGAUUCCACUCUACCAACCUCAAUCUCUCAACAUUUUGGAGAAUCUACAGAGUUCCAAUCCGGUUCUUUCGCAAGACCAAUCAGUUUUACAAGCGAUGGUGGAAAACAACAGAAGGCAGAACUUCAAAACAUUGAGCAUCUCGCAGGAAACCGAAGUUUCGAAUACCGAUAAUUCAUCGGUUUUUGAAUUUGGGAGGAAACGAUUUGAUCAUCAAGAAGUUCCAUCUUCCUCUUCCGGUCCGGUUGAUCUUGAACCUUUCUGGAACUACUGAAGAUUCAGAACCUGAAAAGUCCAUUAAUUUAGGUCACAAGUAAGAAAUCUUUGCUAAGUUUUAUCCUUUUAGCGUGGUGUGCUAAGCUUGUAUAGAUUAUUAUCACUACUUCCACUAUUAGUGUUUCAUAUUAUUAUAUUCAACUAAAGUUAAUAUUGGAGAGGAUAAAAAUGAAGCAUUUUAGUUCGUAAUA